AUGGAAUUGAAAGAGAUAUUUCUACUCUACGACGAGGAAUUAGAUGGUAAGAUAGACGGUACUCAAAUUGGGGACGUAGUCCGGGCAGCAGGGCUUAAGCCCACUAAUGCCAUGGUGGUGAAAGCCAGUGGCAAGGAGUACAAACGGAAAGGGGAAAAACGUAUAACUUUCGAGGAAUGGAUGCCAAUUUAUGAACAAAUCAGCAAGGAAAAGGCAUCUGAAGAAUUGGAAAGAAGUGUAAGCGUCACGGAGCAAGGAAGUUUUCAAGACUUUUUUGAAGGACUAAAAGUUUUCGAUAAGGAAGAGUCUGGAAAAAUUUUGGCCGGUGAAUUGAGGCAUGUUUUGAUGGCUUUAGGCGAACGUUUGUCAGGAGAAGAAGCUGAUGAUAUUAUGAGAGGAAGUGAAGAUGCGGAAGGAAUGAUCAAUUAUGAAGCAUUUGUGAAGAAAGUACUUGCUGGACCGUACCCGGAUGAGUGA